AUGGUCGCCUCUCCAUCCGUGAGCCACGUCAUUCUGGCCGUCGCUGGACUAGCCGCUUCUGUAAACGCUCACAGCAACAUGAUCUUGCCGCUCCCGACCUGGCCGGUGUCGUGGAGCACCAACAGCCCUUCGGGACUGAUCGAGGGCGACACCUACCUUCCUGUCCCCGACGGAAUGUCAUACUCGACCGACCCGUACGAUAACACGGAGGCCUACUGGACGGCCUUCAACGCCAGCAACUACACGUCGCUGCUCGAGUUCGCCAAGGAGACGCAGGUGCUGCAAACGAUGGCGACGUUCGGCACGGCCACGGCGGAAUGCGGAUUCUCGUUGGCCAACGGCACGGCUCGAGACCUGCCGGAGCAGGUUGAAUGGAAUCAACUAACGUCCUCGCACGAAGGCCCUAUUGAAGUGUGGUGCGACGACACUCUCGUUUUCAAAGACUGGUAUGCCGCUCUCGAUUACACCGGCUUCCCCGCUAAGCUUCCGUACGACGUCAGCAAGUGCAAAGGCGCUUCGAUGCUGACGUCCGUUUGGCUGGCGCUCCCAUGCUCUCCCCUGGCGAGUGUACACCAACUGCGCGCCGCUGACUGGAGACUUCAGCAGCUCGCCGACACUGCAGUGACGACGGCCCCUGCGACGAGUGCUGCCACCACGUCGGACAAGUGCUCGGUUCGUCGCCACCGCCGUGACUAA